CUGAAAUUCACAAAAAUCAAUGGUUUAGCUAGAUGGUGGUGUGUCAAUUCAUCCUUGACUGAAAUCCCUAUACCUUCAAUUCAGAAUUCCUGAACAUUUAUAUAUAACUUCUUUCUGGAGGAGAACUAAGUACGCAAGGCAUAUUGUUCAAUGAAAAUCGAAAAGUUUUGUUCAUCUCCUCCAAUGAACUUUCUUCAAGGUGGAUGCCUUUUGUUAUUCCUUUUCAUAUUUAGUUUCUCUCACUCUGGCAACAACUUUGUUCAAGGGCAAUGCCUGAGUGAUCAGAAAGCUCUGCUGCUCCAGUUGAAUCACAGUCUUUCUUCAGAUUAUUUUUUCUUAUCAACAAAGCGUAUUUCUUGGAGUUGGAACACUGAUUGUUGUUCUUGGGGUGGUAUUAUUUGUGAUGGAGCUGGUCAUGUUAUCAGUUUAGAUCUUAGUAAUGAAGGCAUUAACGGUGGACUACAUAAUUCUAGCAGCUUAUUUAAACUUCAGUACCUAGAGAGAUUGAAUCUGGCUCACAACAUGUUCCGCCAACAAUUAUAUUAUUCGGCUGACUAUUUCGAGUCUUUUGUUUCUGCAUCGAUUCCAUCUGGGUUAGACCAACUUACAAACUUGAAAUAUCUGAAUCUAUCAAGCUCACACUUGUCGGGGCAAAUUCCGAUAGGCAUAUCACGUUUGACAAGGUUGGUUUCGCUCGAUCUCUCUAGCAGUUUCAAUUUUAAUGAUUAUUAUUACUACUAUGACUUACCGCGGAUGGUAAUGAGUGACCCAAAUCUCGAAACACUUACUCGCAAUUUAACAGAAUUGAGAGAACUCGUGUUAAAUGGAGUAGAUAUAUCUGAACAUCGCAGCAAGUGGAGUCAAACCUUGUCCUCUUCGCUCCCUAAACUAGAGGUAUUGAGUUUGUCUGAUUGUUUUCUUUCAGGGCCUAUUGAUUCAUCUUUCUUACAACUUCAAUCACUUAAUAAGCUUAACCUCAGCAACAAUAUGAUCUCAAGUGAAAUACCAGAUUUCCUUGGAGACUUCCCCAGCUUGAAUUCCUUAGAUCUAAGGAACUGUGAUUUGUAUGGAAAACUCCCACUAAAACUUUUAAAUGUAAAAACUCUUCAAAGUCUGUCUCUAGCAAAUAAUGGGCGUCUUGGUGGUUCUUUACCAGAAUUCCCCAUGGAUGGGGAGCUUCGGAAGUUGGUGCUGUCAGACACAAGCUUCACAGGCGAAUUACCAAACUCUAUUGGUUCUCUUCGAUUUUUAUCUUAUAUAGAUCUCCGGAACUCUAGAUUUAAUGGAUCAAUCCCCGCUUCAUUUUCAAAGCUAAACCAACUUCAAUAUCUAGACAUAUCAUCCAACAGUUUCACUGGUUUGAUCCCAUCAUUCGGCCGAUCAGAGAGCCUCAUAAAAGUAGACCUUUCUGAUAAUCGUUUAGCAGGUCCAAUUCUUUCUCAUUGGAGUAUGCUUCCGAAGCUAGUUAGCUUGAACUUGAAAAAUAACUCAUUCAAUGGAACAAUACCAUCGAAAUAUUUUACUCUUCCAUCACUGCAGAAGUUAGACCUCGCCAUGAAUCAUUUUACUGGCCGCCUUGGUGAAUUUUCCAUUGUAUCUUCAUCUUCGUUGGAAUGGCUUGAUUUGAGUGAUAAUGAACUUCAAGGUCCUAUUCCAGCAUCAAUAUUCCAACUUUCUGAGUUGCUAGUUCUCAUACUUGAUUCAAAUGAAUUUUGUGGCACAAUAAGUCUAAGUAUGGUCUUCCAUAAGAUGAGAAAUCUCUCGAGUCUCAGCCUUUCAGGUAACAAACUGUCGAUCCGUACUACUGGUGCUAAUUUUGCAUUGUCUCCUCAACUUGACAGUUUGGGAUUGAGUUCUUGUAACUUAACCAAAUUCCCCGUCUUUUUGAAUAAUCAAUCUAGGAUGAAUUUUCUUGAUCUUUCCAACAAUAAUAUCCAUGGAAAAAUACCCAACUGGAUUUGGAAGAUCGGCAAUGGGAACCUUUAUCACUUAAAUCUUUCUCACAACUUUUUUGAAGAUCCUGACCAACUCUUACCCAUCGAUAGUUUUCAUUCUCUGCGUUUGCUAGACCUCCACUCCAACAUGCUUCAAGGGAAAAAUAUAAUCUUACCGUUAAAUGUCGACUUCUUGGAUUACUCACUAAACAACUUUACCUCUAUGGUUACAAAUCUUUUUCCUUCCCAGUCAUCCAUUGUAUCUUUAUCUCUAGCAAGAAAUCAACUUAGUGGAGUAAUUCCUAUGUCAAUAUGUAAAGUUGGUGCGCUUUCUUUUCUUGAUCUAUCACACAACAACUUGAGUGGACCUAUACCUCCUUGUAUAUGGUUGAUCGAAGUUUUACUUCUACGAGGAAACAACUUUCAAGAAAACAUACCCCAGACACUAUUUGUAGAUUAUUGUGGUCUAAAGACACUUGAUCUUAAUGGAAACAGAUUUGAAGGGCAUCUACCAAAAUCUCUAGCAAAUUGUACAAUACUAGAGGUUUUAGAUUUGGGAAAUAAUCAAUUUACUGGUGGUUUCCCAUCCUCGUUAGGGAAUAUGUCGCAUUUGCGUGUUCUUGUGCUACGGUCCAACAAAUUUUAUGGUCCCUGGGGAAAUCAAGGUUUUAUAUCCAAGGAAUGCUUUUCAAGUUGGAAGGCCAUGAUGGUAAGAGUAGAAGCAGCAAAAUGGAUCCAAGACGAUAAGCUAUUAAUUUCUGAAAGUAACGGCAGUUAUAGCUACCAACCAGCAGUGGAAGUUACCAGCAAAGGGGUAGACAUGGAAGUAGUAAAGAUCCUUAACAUUUUUACAAGCAUUGAUUUCUCAAAUAAUGUAUUUGAAGGGGAGAUACCAGAGGCCAUUGGAAAUCUCACGUCACUUUACAUUCUUAAUUUCUCAAGAAACGCCCUCACAGGCCCAAUCCCAUCGACUUUCGGGAAUCUUAUACAUCUCGAGUCAUUAGACCUCUCGAAGAACAUACUAAGUGGAGAGAUUCCCUCCCAAUUAGCAAGCUUAUCAUUCCUCUCCGUCGUGAACUUCUCUUUCAACAAACUCGUGGGAAAAAUCCCAUCUGGAAAUCAAUUUCAAACUUUCACUGCAAAUUCCUUUGAAGGAAAUGAUGGGUUAUGCGGAGCUCCCUUGUCCAAAGAAUGCAGCUACAUUUCUAAGUUGCCGCAAAAUGGUUCAAGUUCUAACGACGAAUUUGAUUGGGUAUUACUUGUAGUUACGUUUUUGGGAUUCCUAGUCGGUGCAAGCAUUGUUAUUGGACCUCAAUAUGUUUGGAAAAGAGGGAGAGAAUGGGCUAACGAGCUUAUGAACAAAAUCCUUCGCAUUAGUUGAUACGAUGCAACGGGAAAAACAGGCUCUGGUGGUGAAGGUCUCCAUAUAGAAUGAAAUGUCUUAGCAAACAUUGAUAUAUAUUGCUCGUAUUAUCGUUUUCUCGAAUUUCAAACAAUUACUAUCACACUUGUGAAAGCAGAGAAUUUAUGACUUCGACUUUCAUAUUUGAAUAGCUUCAAGUGCAAAGUACUUGCCAAUUUUACCGUAUAAGAAGUUGAGUUGU